AUGCUGCCUAGCCCCUCUAUUGCCGACCGCGAGGAAUUAACCUUGAAUCCAGAGCAUGAACUCAAGGGGUACAUUUUAGCUCAUGCAUUCUGCAGCGCCACGAAUCGAUUAUGGGUGGCAACCCUGGACGAGCAAAAGGACGAGUCAUUGUACCACCUUUACAGGAUAGAACCAAAUAGGGAUGAUUAUCACAACUUCACAACAAAGAGGGACUAUGUCCACAAGAUAACAUCAGAUGAGAUCUAUCUCCAGCGAAGGAGUUUUAUGCUUGACACCGUGCAAGAACAGUUGAAUCUCGAGAAGGAACAGAUUCCUCGUUUCCUAGCAAUCUCUAGGACAGGAGAUGUAGCUUUAGAAAACCAGGUCGCCGAGUUAACUAGUGGAGAAGCGCUGAGGCAAUGA